CGGACCUGGGCUUCGAAGCAUGACGGAACGGUUGAAGCGCAGGAAGAAAGAGACUUUGUUUCGCGGUUGGACGUGCUUGACAGACCAAACUACCUACGUCAGGUAGCCAACCUCGGAACAUGCAGAGCUAAAAGCAUAACCGCACCGCAACGGUGAGCUGCCAACAACUUGGAGGGAGCACGCGACAUUUCGUCUGUUGUCUUCUAUCUUUCUCUCUCACUCUGCUGCUCCCUCCCGAGUCCACAGGCCUCGCUCUUGUCUCAUCCCAUGCUGUUGGCGACCGACAACACACCCAAGCUAGAGUCUGAAAGGACAUUCUCUGGGUGCGAAUUGGAUUCCCGGGUGCGCCCACACACCAACCAAGCCAAGCAGAAGCUCUCUCAUCUCACACAGGGCCAAAGAAAGACGCAGCACACAAAAAGGAAGAUGUAACCCUUGGCGCUCGCGGCACUUGGCGGGCGAUUUGUCCACGUCAGGGAUCCCAGCCCGCCCGCCCCAACAGCCCACAACCCGCUAUUGGCUACAGAUCGGAAUUCCGUGUCAUGGACAGGGUUGGUCACGGGCAGCAGAGCCUUUCCCACCAUCCACAAUCCACUUUGGGGCCAUUGCGAGAGGGACCAGGGUGGGUUCGAAUUCGACAUGCGGUGCGCGGCUUGACCUUGAGUUCCUCACUUUCCUCCCCAGCACCUCGGAGCCAUGCGGAGCCCGCUGAUGUGGACUGUGGCGGGUGGUGGGAGUGCGAACUUUGCGAGCAAGAACGAGGAGGGCGAAGACAGCCUGGGAGGAUGCGCAAAGCAUGGCAUGGGCCGCUGGAUUCGCUACCUUACCUUUACGCAAAGUGCAAAGGCCACCAACCCGGUAACUCUGUAUACGGUCGGUCAAGGUCCAGCUUGGUGGGUUGUGCCGAGCCUGGGCUUUCUGCUCAAAGUGUGCCGAAAGUCCAUGUUCUAUUACGGGAUUAUUAACAGAUCCAUCUGAUCCAUGCUGCGUGAUGAACGUCGCUACCUCGAGCUCCCCCGUUUGUUGUUUGCCUUUCGACCUUCCCGCUCGACAGCUCUACCUCCUUCUUAAUCUUGACUACUGCUCCUCUGCUCACUUAUCCAUACUCCGUACACUACUCAAUUUAGAUCUUCAUCAGGAAAUCCCCGGUAGUUCAGGAGACAUUCAAACUUGGCCCCUUUGACACGGACAAUCUUAAACUCACAUCCCCGACCUUCCGGUCGCCUCUCUCAUUGGACCUUGACCCAGCACACACCGGUGGACUGAGUCCGUCAGAUCCAUCCCACCCGCACGCAUCCAGCCUUCGGGACCUGUGGCCCUUGCCGAACCUCCCGCGCCCUCAAAUACCACACGGCAGCAGUCACAACUGGAGUAGCCAAGUUUCUCCAGUCUCCUCAUACCUCUCUCACUAAUCGCCGUCUCCAUCGUCGGCUGUUUAUUCCGUCAUCAGUCAGUCAGUCAGUCAGUCACACGAGGCAAGGAAGAAAGACACAAAAGGAAAUAUGGGUAUCGGUGCCGUGGCAGAGCCCUUGGUGGUCAUCACCCUUUUGUUUGGAGGAACGUGGUUCAACCGCAACAUUGGCGACACCAACGCCUACGAUAACCUGGGAUGGAAGGGAGCCGGCCUCGAUGAUGCCGAGCACAAGCGAUCUGACGAGCGCCGUUCCGGCAACUCGACCCCGGACUCUGAAGAGUCCCUCCUCUCCCUCGGCGCCUGGAGCUCAUCAUCAACGUUGACACCGCAAGAAGAGCCCCCGCGACGCUCUCGCAGGAUCAAGUUUUUUGGAUACCAGCGCAUCAUCACGACACCAAACACCAGAGUCUACAAGGACAGACUCCUCAGCCGAGUCCUCCGCAAGUUCCCCUUCUUGGUCGAGGCAUGGUACUGGGCCCUGAUUUACUGGGUGUACCAGGUCGGCCGCGCCUUCACCGCGCUCACCCUCAAUGAGGGAACCGUCGACGUGGCGCGCAGGCACGCACUCCAGCUCAUCCACCUCGAGCAGCGCCUCCAUGUCUUCAUCGAGGUCCCCGUUCAGCAGUACUUUUUACAGAUGCCCACCGUGAUGCACUGGAUCAACCGCAUCUACUCCUUCAUCCACAUCCCGGGCACCAUCCUCUUCCUCGUCAUCCUCUACUUCAUCACCACCACCCGCAAGCGCCGCGCCGUCUCCGCCAAGCUCGGCGGCAACGAGAACAUUCGCUGGAACUCGGCCGGCCCCGCCUUGUACGAGGCCCGCCGCCGCACCAUGGCCACCUGCAAUCUGCUGGCUUUCGUCGUCUUCACCCUCUGGCCCUGCAUGCCUCCCCGUCUCUUGAGCGAUCCCAACUACAACGGCCCCGAUGCCGGUGAGGCUAAGAGCUUUGGGUUUGUGGAUACCGUGCAUAGCUCUACCGGCGAGAGCAGCGUCUGGACGACGAACAAGUUUUGCAACCAGUAUGCCGCCAUGCCCUCCCUGCACUUCGGCUACUCCCUCCUCAUCGGCCUCACCGUCGCGACCCUGCCUCUCCCGUCGAUCCGCUCGCGCCCCUGGAAGCGCUUCGCCAUCGUCGCCGUCGGCAUGGCCUACCCGGCCCUGAUCCUCACCGCCAUCGUCGCGACCGCCAACCACUUUGUCCUCGACGCCGUAGCCGGUGCCAUUGUCUGCGGUCUCGCCUGGAACUGCAACGGCGUGCUGCUUAACCUGCUCGUCGUCGAGGACUACUUCCUCCGCAUGCUGCGCAUCCACAAGCCAGUCAACUGGACCGAUCCCGAGGCGACGAUUGAUACCAAUGAGUGGAAGCCCAGCACGGUUCUUGAUGAGAUCUAAAAAGCUACGAAAUUUUAAUGCCGAUCUUUCUGUUUUGCAAACGGCGCAUUAUGCUUUUGAUGGGGGAAGGGAUGGGUUAGAAACUCUUUUUGGGGGGUUGUAAUGCGCCCAUGGCUUGGAUUACAUUCUUCAUGCGUUACAUUUGCGUUGAGAGAACAAAAGAGAUGCCGAUUAUUGGAGGCAUGUGUGCGAAUAGUACAUGUUCUCGCAUGAUGUGGCGAGCAUUUUGGGUUCAAGUGGCGGAGUUCCGUGGGCUCUUUUUAUUUUCUCUUUUUAACGCAACAAUGCGAAACCAAUCCCCGUUCAGACAGCGUGGAUAACUUGUUCGCUUGGGACGAUGUUAAGCUUACGAACACAAGAGCAAAAACAUAAGCUCAUAUAAUGGAAUCACCUUAUAAAAAGCCCACUUCUCUCCUUUGAUGUUGUUGAUUCGGCAGUACCCUUUUCCAUAUGACGGUAUUGUGGCUAGCCUCAGGAAAGAUUAUUGUGCUUUAGAUUGCCGAGGUCUUUGCCUUGCCAAGCCGGCAGUGAAAGACGUUUAAGACGUUUCCC